AUGGUGUCCUUUCAAAGGCUCAUCUUCUCUUUCCUGGCCUUGACGACCGCUUUAGUAUCGUCAGCUCCUCAGCUGGAAACUAGAGACACCGUCGACCUCACGCCCCAAUUUAACGAGACCACUGACGAAUCGGGUACGACAUGGAAGAUAGACGGUGACAGGAUAAGCAACAUCCAAUCAAUUCGCAACGACGAUAGUGGUGUGCUGUAUAGCGGCAGUCUUAUCGACAGCGAAUAUGGUCCCUCCGUCACCUAUCCCGUGGUAGUCAAGGUCUGUACCGGUCGCGCCAAAGUAGCCUCGUGCCUUAAGGAGUACCAGGCCAUGUAUGCACUACAAGUCACCCUCGAAGGUCAUAUGCCCCCCCUGGUGCUCCAAGAGAAAGAAGGGACUACUACUUUUCGUUGGGUGGCGGACAAGGCUGCGGGCGGUGAUCUCACUGCCUAUAUUGAGAGCGGCUAUGCUGUCAUGCUGUGGAAACAGUUCCGCCAGAAAGUCGUAUGGGAGGUCUUCCAACUCUGUUGGAUGAUGCACGAGGCGGGCUGGUCCCAUGGAAACAUAACUACCGACAACAUUAUGUUUGGCAACAAGAGCGUCACCCAACCGCCGGGACCAGUCUGGUUUGUGGAUUUCGCCGCUGCCACCAACACCACCGACAAGGCGAAAACAAUGUUUAGUGGUGCAACGAUUUCCGCAGACUAUGUUCCUCCAGAACGGGCCAAGUCGCGGAAACUCUGGGGUGCGGCAGCGGUCAUCAACGGGACCCAGGACCCCAAAGCAGGCGACAUAUGGACAGCCGGGGUUUCCAUGUUCAAGUUCCUGUAUGGCAUGGAUACCCCGCUGUUCACCGACACGAACUUCCUGAAAGGAGUCGAGACCAAGCGCAGGUCUAUGCUGCAGAACGCCAUUCGCCAGUCUUCCGAGAACGUAAAUGCAGACUGGGUGAACUUGUGGAUGGGGAUCUUCAACCCAGACCCGGCACAACGAUUUGAUGCCAAGCAAGUCGUUGGAACCCUUCAGGGUCUGAACGCGCAGAUGCUUUGA